ACUUUGUGGAAGUGCAGCGAUGUCAGUCCAGGUUGUGGCAGUGAAAAUGGCAGAGGUCGAACUCAAAGACGUCCCCAGCGGCAAAGGGCUGCCGGCCGAGUCUCCGGUGACCCCCACGUCGGAAGGCAAGAGCCUCGGCCGGGGGGGCGACCUCCACGAGGCCAGCUCCUCCGCCGCCGCGUCCCCGACAGCCGGGGACAGCAGCCCGGGCUUGCUCACCCCGAACCCCGCGAAGAUGCCGCAGGCGUCGGCUAUGAAGCGCACGGACCCGCAGCAGAACGGCGGGGAGGCUUUCGUCAACCGGGACGGGACCGUGGCCGAGGCUCCGCGGAUGAAGAAGAUCCAGUUUGCCGACCAGAAACAGGAGUUCAACAAGCGCCCGUCCAAGAUCGGCCGGCGCUCUCUGUCCCGCUCCAUCUCCCAGUCCUCCACAGACAGCUACAGCUCAGCGGCAUCAUACACAGACAGCUCAGACGAUGAGACUUCUCCUCGGGACAAACAGCAGAAGAACUCCAAGGGCAAUGGGGACUUCUGCAUCAAAAACAUCAAGCAGGCCGACUUCGGACGCAGAGAGAUCGAGAUCGCUGAGCAAGAGAUGCCAGCACUGAUGGCUCUGAGGAAGCGAGCCCAGGGGGAGAAACCCCUCGCUGGUGCCAAGGUGGUGGGCUGUACCCAUAUCACUGCCCAGACUGCUGUGCUGAUGGAGACUCUGUCAGCUCUGGGCGCUCAGUGCAGAUGGGCAGCCUGCAACAUCUACUCCACCCAGAACGAAGUGGCAGCUGCCCUGGCAGAGGGAGGUUUCAGUGUAUUUGCAUGGAAGGGUGAGUCGGAGGAUGACUUCUGGUGGUGCAUCGAUCGCUGUGUCAAUGUGGAAGGCUGGCAACCCAACAUGAUCCUGGAUGAUGGCGGAGACCUGACUCAUUGGAUUUACAAAAAAUACCCAAAUAUGUUCAAGAAGAUCAAGGGCAUCGUAGAGGAGAGCGUCACUGGUGUGCACAGGUUGUAUCAGCUGUCCAAGGCAGGGAAGCUAUGUGUCCCAGCCAUGAACGUCAACGACUCCGUGACCAAGCAGAAGUUUGACAACCUCUACUGCUGCAGAGAGUCCAUCUUAGACGGCCUGAAGAGAACCACUGAUGUCAUGUUUGGGGGGAAGCAGGUGGUGGUGUGUGGAUACGGAGAGGUUGGCAAAGGCUGCUGUGCUGCCCUCAAAGCGAUGGGCUCCAUCGUCUACGUCACAGAGAUCGACCCCAUCUGUGCCUUGCAGGCCUGCAUGGACGGAUUCAGGAUGGUGAAGCUGAACGAAGUAAUCAGACAAGUGGACAUUGUGAUCACCUGCACAGGCAACAAGAACGUGGUGGUGAGAGAGUACCUGGACCGCAUGAAGAACGGCUGCAUUGUCUGCAACAUGGGACACUCCAACACUGAGAUCGAUGUGACGAGCCUGCGGACUCCGGAGCUGACCUGGGAGAGGGUGCGCUCUCAGGUGGACCAUGUCAUCUGGCCCGAUGGCAAGAGGAUAGUGCUGCUGGCUGAGGGUCGACUGCUGAACCUCAGCUGUUCCACUGUGCCAACUUUUGUGCUUUCCAUCACUGCCACGACACAGGCUCUGGCUCUGAUAGAGUUGUACAAUGCCCCAGAGGGACGCUACAAGCAGGAUGUUUACCUGCUGCCCAAGAAGAUGGAUGAGUAUGUGGCCAGCCUACAUCUGCCUACGUUCGACGCACAUCUCACGGAGCUGUCAGACGAGCAGGCCAAGUAUCUGGGCUUGAACAAGAACGGACCCUUUAAGCCAAACUACUAUAGGUAUUAAGCCAGUGUGGGAGUCGGACUGUGGAAAUACCAAUUCUCCAUGAAUCGCACAGGUUUGCGGAGGAGGACGGAGAGGAGGACAAAAUAGUCAACACACUUGCUUUAUAUUCGUGGGGAGGAAGGGGGGGAAGCUCCCACCGAGCCUGAAGAAGAAGGGGGUUGGCGGAGAGGAGUGGAUUUCCACAUGCUUAUGGCGGCCGUUUUAUUUAUUCACGCUUGACGACAAUAAUAAUAACAUUAACUCUUAACUCUGCGGAGCUGCUCCUGCCAUUCGCCACUAGCUAGCUCCCCCGGCGUCGUUUUCUUCUGGGAGAUGUUUUACUUCCCUUCCGCUCGGCGUCACACCGCCACUAUCUCGUUCUCUUUAGACGCUCAUUCGUGUGUCGAGUUGUACGUAAACCCCUUCAUCCUCCCCUCCCCAUUGCCAGAUCUUUUAUUGUUUAACUAUUAAAGAUGAAAUUAUUGAUGCUAAAAAAGAUAUAUACUAUAUAAAAAAACUUGAUUAAAAAAAAUCUGUGUGAAUGAAGGUGACCUUUUGAAGAUUUAGUGACGGACACUUUUUCCUGUCCUUUUUUUUGUUGUCUUUCUUUUCUACUUGUUAUGUUUUUGUUUUCUCUUGUGUAAUAUUUGCGA